GUCCGAGUCCACGGUGCCCAUGGUUCUGAUUACUGGUUGGUCCGGCGCUGGUAAGACGACGGCCGGCAACUACUUGGAGCUGCCUGGAAAAGUAUGGAGAAGUGCUGGGUCAGAUGUUUUGCAUCUUGAAGUUGGGGACGCGUCACUACUGGAUUGGUCCAGCUUGCCCAGGUUGGUGCAUGGUUGGAAGCACCUGGAUGGGGACAACAUCAUGCACCGCAAGGAUGCGGAGAGCCUCAAACUCACCGAAGGAUUGACGACCUCUUUCUACAGCUAUUGGUUCAAGAACCUCUCAGCACCUCCCGAGCUCUGGAAGCCCUACUUGGACGCGCUGAUGCAGCAGUGUCUGGAACAGAGGGCCACCGCGGCUGGGCUGGCGGUGACCUUCAGCGUGUACCGCCGCAAGGCACGGGAGUACCUGCGGCAGCUGGUGCCGGACCUCCGCAUCCUGCGCCUGGACUGUGAUCCUGAGGUGGUCAUCUGCGGAGCGUUGGAGAGACUGGAGACCUACCUCCGAAACAAGAAUAAGACCGUGCAAGACUGGUGGCGGGAAGCCAAGAAAGACGAGAUCUACGGCGAGUACAGUUACGAAAGCUACACCAAGAUGCAGAUGACAGAGUACCUUUCGGGCAUGGAGCCCUUCGACCCCUCCGAGCCGGGCUGCAGCUGCUGUGAUGUGACCCAGCGGGGAACCCAGGGCCUGGAUGCCAUCGCUGAUGCUCUGCGCUUGAAGCGCCAGGCGGUGGACCUUCAGGGGCUUAAGGACCUGGAGCGGCGACGUUUGGCGGAGCUGGCCCAAAUGCACUCGGAGGCUGCGAGGUGACAGCAGAAAAAUGGUGCGAAUCCAACCUGGCGCUGAACGUGAAAAUGGGUGGCAUUCGAUCAGGGUGGGACGAACAUCAACUCC